CUCAUGUUCUAGGAUCAGAAGAGCCCCUGCGUUUUGGGUUCUCCGACUCCAGACGAAGUCCUCCUAGCAGUGCCCCUGUGUCUUCAGUGAGCCACAGCUUCACUAAUGGUGAAGAUGUAACAAGUCCCAGGAAACCUGUACCACUAAACCUGAAUUCUCACCAGGAGAAACUCGUUCCUAUGUGGGUCAUGCCUUCAGCUUCAGUGACCCAGAAGCCCAAGGUGCCUCAGGCUCCAGCCCAAGAGGUUCCUGCAUGGGUUCAGACUCCCCCAGCAUGGGCCCAGACAGCCCCGGCAUGGUUCAAGAUUCCUCCUGCUCCAGUGAACCAGGAGCCCAAAACCCCUGAGGCUCCAGCCCAAGAGCCCCAAACAUCGGCCCAGACGCGGCCAGCGUGGAUCAUGCCUUCAGCUCCAGUGACCCAGAAGCCCAAGGUUCCUCAGGCUCCAGCCCAAGAGCUCCCAGCUUGGGUUCAGAUGCCCCCGGCAUGGAUGCUUCCAGCUCCAGUGAACCAAGAACCCAAAACUCCUGAGGCUCCAGCCCAAGAGCUUCCAGCAUUGGCCCAGACGUGGCCAGCGUGGUUCAUGCCUUCAGCUCCAGUGACCAAGAAACCCAAGGUGCCUCAGGCUCCAGCCCAAGAGGUUCCUGCAUGGGUUCAGACUCCCCCAGUAUGGGUCAAGAUGCCUCCAGCUCCAGUGACUCAGGCUCCAGCCCAAGAGCCCCCAGCAUGGAAUAACAUGCCCCAGUCCCCAGCGAGCCAGGCACCAGCCCAAACGCCACCGCCUCCGAUGACUCCAUUAGAACCUGUUGGGGGUGAUUUUGGCAGUUCCUUCAUGGAGGGUGUCAGUGGAGAGGCUGCCUCUAAUGGUGGCGGUACUGAGGGUCCCUCAUCAGAGAGAGAGCGCUACCUUGUUAUCACAGAGCCCUUGGGUUUUCAAACCCGCUACGUGGUCAAGUCCUUCAAUCGUUAUGUGCGAGGACAAAAGAUCUAUUCCCAAACCACCUACAUCCCUCUAGACUAUCCUCCUGCCUCUGAGCCUGCUCCCGUCCCCACUCUUCCUCUGCCUGAAGCCCAGCUGGACCAAACUGUGAAGGCCAGCUGAGCUUGGGCUUUGUACUCCAAUCUGCAACGAUAUCUGGGCCCUUGUUGCAUUGUGGCUUAAAAAAAAUAAACUUCUUAAAUGUAUGAAA